GAGCAAGGGAGAGCUUUGGCGCAUUCCAUCGCGGCGCGACGAGCAACCACGAUCCCUGAUCGAUCAUCCUAGGAGGCGGCGCUAGGAUCGGGAGUUAGGGUAGAUUAGGGCCGGCAUUUCUCCCGGAGGAAUGAAGCGCGGCAACAGCCACAGCAGAGCGAGUUUCAGAGUAGCGUGGGACGAGAACAAUCUCGACUAUCUGGAGACGCACAAGACGCCCAAGCAGAAAAUCGACGAGCCAAAGACGCCAUUCCACGCGCCUGGUACGUCGAGAUCUGGCCUUUUGCUCGCGAUCCACCGAAAUAUUUCCCCCUCUUCAGAGAAAUCUUUCUUCUUGGCUUGGCGCAGGAGAUUUGUCGCCGAUUCCCGACGACUCCAAGACGUCCGUGGAUCCCAAUGUCCUCCGCCACGCUCUCGAGAACGUCGCCUCCUCCAGCAGCGAUCACGGAUCUAGCAGCAGUGCUAGCAACGGGAAAUCGAGGCGCAAGAGUUUUGAGGAUGUCCGGCGCGAGCACUACUCCGAGUUUAAGACGUCCAAGAUGCUACUCCAGAAUGUGAAGGAUGAGGAGGAUUUGGAUCUGGACAGGAACCAAUUGGCCGGCGGUGUUAGCGGGAUUAGAAUCGAGGAGAAUAGCCAGGGAUCAUCCAAGUCGAGCUGAGAAGAGCAAGCGAUCUUUUCUUCUCUUUCUCUCUGGGAAGAACACACAGGGACAGGGAAGGAUCCUCUCAUCGGUUUUUUUGCCUCUCUUCUUUCUCUACAUCAUUGGGUGGCCGGGGACCUGGCCAUUUCAUUGUUUGGCCGGGCAGGGGAUUGGGCCACGUGUCCUAUGCCGGAGACGUGGCAGUUUGAUUAGUUUGGCCGGACAGGGGGGGUUGGGCCACGUGGCAAAACCCUAUUUCUAAGCGAUGGUGAAGCUAGCAGCCCGUGUGAUUUCUUCGCUGUUCUCGCGGGCUACUAGUGGGAGAUGGAGGCUCAGUGCAAGUGUUGGGCGCUACUAUCUCAUGGGGAGGACGAGUCGGGGCUGGAAUUCCACCGGGAGCUCUCGCUUGGCGGAGGCGAGAGGAUUUCACUCGGCCGGGGCAUGGUAUGGAGCUCAAGAGGGCUCGAAUGGCACUGCCACAGUCGACUAUAGCUCUCAAUUGCCCGAGAAAGAGUUCCACAGUGUUGCAAACGAGACGCUCCACCGUUUGCAAGAGAAGAUCGACGAAUACGGGGAGAAGCUCGCGAUUGAUGGCUUCGACACUGACUUCGCUGAGGGAGUUCUCACUGUUCGUCUGGGUGAUCUGGGAACUUAUGUUAUCAACAAGCAAACUCCAAACCGGCAAAUCUGGCUCUCAUCUCCUGUGAGUGGCCCGGCGAGAUUCGACUGGCAGGAUUCACAGUGGGUCUAUCGACGCACGAAAGUGGAGCUCCAAAGCUUGCUAGAAAAGGAAUUGAGUGAACUCUUGGGACACUCCAUCGAUCUGGGAGAAUGAAAAGCUCCUUUAAGCCCUAA